CUGUAACCUAAUGUUGUUGUGCUUGUUGCGGUAUUAUCGUGUAUUAUUGUUGACGAUUCGUAUGUAAUACCAAUACAGAUACAGCCCCUCCACGACAUGUGACACGCCCCUCGCGGGCUUUGUUCUGAUUCUCGUCGGGCGAAUCUCAACUUGCUUCCGGACUCCUCAACCUCUCAAACCUCUCUUCUUCUUCUAUUCUUCUGCUUCAAAAAGCUCAAUCUUUCAUUCGACUGUCCGCGAAUUCAGAUUACCCCACUCCGAUACAUCCCGCCCAAACUAGCCAUCAUGGUCAAAGCAGUCGUUCUCGGUGCCUCUGGUGGCAUUGGCCAGCCGCUUUCCCUUCUCCUCAAAGCCAGCCCUCUCGUUGAUCAGCUCGCUCUUUACGAUGUCGUCAAUACCCCAGGCGUUGCCGCUGACCUCUCUCACAUCUCCUCCAUUGCCACUGUCAAGGGAUAUCUACCCAAAGACGACGGCCUUAAGGAUGCCCUCACUGGCGCUGAUGUCGUCGUCAUCCCCGCCGGAAUUCCUCGAAAACCCGGUAUGACCCGCGAUGAUCUGUUCAAGGUCAACGCCGGAAUCGUUCAGACCCUCGUCAAGGGCAUCGCAGAGCACAGCCCUAAGGCUUUUAUUCUCAUCAUUUCCAACCCCGUCAACUCCACUGUCCCCAUUGCGGCUGAGGUUCUCAAGGCUGCUGGCGUUUUCGACCCCAAGCGCCUCUUUGGCGUCACCACUCUCGAUGUCGUUCGUGCCGAGACCUUCACCCAGGAGUUCACCGGUCAGAAGGACCCUUCCAAGACGACCAUUCCCGUCAUUGGUGGCCACUCCGGCGAGACCAUCGUACCCCUUUUCAGCCAGGCCAAGCCAGCUGUCAACAUUCCUGCGGAUAGAUACGAUGCCCUUGUAAACCGCGUCCAGUUUGGCGGUGACGAGGUCGUCAAGGCCAAGGAUGGAGCUGGCUCUGCCACCUUGUCCAUGGCUUAUGCUGGUUUCCGUUUCGCCGAGAGCAUCAUCAAAGCCUCCACGGGCGAGAAGGGUAUUGUCGAGCCAACUUACGUCUACCUUCCUGGUGUUGAAGGAGGCGAUGCUAUCAAGAGCAAAGUCGGCUUGGAUUUCUUUUCUAUCCCCGUAGAACUGGGCACUUCCGGCGCAGAAAAGGCCCAGAACAUCCUCGGCGAUAUCACGGAGCAGGAGAAGAAACUUCUCGAAGUCUGCAUCAAGGGCCUCAAGGGCAACAUCGAGAAGGGCGUCGAAUUUGCUCAGAGCCCACCCCCAAAGUAAACUCCCAACCCAACCCAGCCCGCUCUAUUAAUUCCUUCUACUCCUACCCUCCAUCUUCAUCAUCAGCAUCAUAAUCAUAGCCAAAAAUGAAAUUUCUUGCGCUCCAAUUCAACCGUCCAUCCAUUAGCGCUUGUUCAUUCCCCAAAAGUGAACCGCACCUUUUUUCUUUUUUCCUUUUUUUUCCUUGCAUCCCUUGCCCUAGGCAUCCGCCCAAACCGAAGAAUAGAAGAAAGGCACAAAAACACGAACUGUAAGCGAGAGGCAUGUUUACUAAUUAAUGGUUUUAUUUCCCUCCCUCCUUUUCCGGCGGAUAGGCUCUAGGAUCAUCAUAUAAGACAGACACAAGCAUACACAGCAUAGAUCGCGAUGAGACAACGCAUAUGGAACAAAAAAGAAAUACAUUCAGCUUUCCCUCAUACAUUUCUAUAUAGCGAGUGCCUUGGUAGUGGGUCAGCAAGGGCCGGGUUGGUGGUUUCGGCUUUAAAGAAAAAAAGAUGAACCUAAUACAAGAAUGAAUAGAAUGGCAUGUUCUCUAGAAAAUGAAUACAUGCGUCACGUUUCAAUUCCUUCCGGCACCACCUGUUGGGGCAUUUCCUCCUACUUGUUCCAUGGUACCGACUAUCGAAGGAAAAGAAGAAAAUGAAAAAUGAAAAUGUAAUAGAGAAAGAUAGAAUGCAGAAAGGAGACUCGGCAAGUAUCCAUGAAAAUUUGAUUUCAUUAAACCCUAAGUUCCGUAAACAUGUACGAACUCCUAGUAACUCCAAAGAAAUAAAUCAAAAUGAACAAAUAACCCUACAAAAUAGCACAGGCCAGGGUAUUUAUUUACUCAAGUUAGGGGGUAUCUCAACAUGUUCAUGACUUGGGGUGUUGUAAUUGCU